AUAUGGGGGCGGCGCGGGGUGCCGCUGAGUUCUCGCAGUUCGCUCGCUGCUGUGCAGCCGCCGUCGCCGCCUCGGCCCGGCACCCGCCGUCCCGCCCGCCCAGCCGGGAAGGAGACGGGACCAUUUCGGAUCUCAAGCAAACAACCCCUUCCUAUCUAGUCGUGGCUUUUCCAAACCCUCCGAGGAGAGCGGGAUCUUUCGGUCCUUCCUGUAUUUCCGACCAUUACAGGAUCUAGAAAUGUCGACGACACUUUUAUCCGCCUUCUACGACAUUGACUUCUUGUGCAAGACAGAGAAGUCCCUGACCAACCUCAGCAGCAUGCUGGACAAGAAGGCCGUGGGGACGCCGGUGACCCCCCCUAGUUCUAGCUUCGCGCCGGGCUUCCUGCGGCGGCACUCGACCAGCAACCUGCCGGCGCUGGCCGGCGGUUCCAAGUUCCCUAGCCCUACCGGCUCCAGCUCUUCUUCCACCUCCUCCUCGUCUUCUUCUUCCUCGUUCGCUAGCUUGAAGGAGACGGGCUCCGGAGGAGGCGGCGGCGGCAGCAGCAGCCCCACGGCCCUGCUCAACAAGGAAAACAAGUUCCGGGACCGCUCCUUCAGCGAAAACGGCGAGCGCAGCCAGCACCUUAUGCAGCAACUCCAGCAGCAGCAGCAGGCGGCGGCGGCCGGCAAGGGGGGCGGCUCCGGCGGAGGCGGCGGGGCCCCCAUCAACUCCACGCGCUACAAGACAGAGCUGUGCCGCCCCUUCGAGGAGAGCGGCGCCUGCAAGUACGGCGAGAAGUGCCAGUUCGCCCACGGCUUCCACGAGCUGCGCAGCCUCACCCGCCACCCCAAGUACAAGACCGAGCUCUGCCGCACCUUCCACACUAUCGGCUUCUGCCCCUACGGCCCGCGCUGCCACUUCAUCCACAACGCCGACGAGCGCCGCCCGGCGCCCGGGGGGGGCACGGCCGCCCCCCCCGCCGCCGCCGCGGCGGGCUCGCACCACCACCCGCACCACCCGCCCCCUCACCCCGCCGGCAGCACCGGUGACCUCCGCGCCUUCGCCCCCCGCGACCACCCGCUGGGCGGGGGCGGCGGCUUCGGGCACCCGCGCGGCGGCGAGCGGCCCAAGCUGCACCACAGCCUGAGCUUCUCCGGCUUCUCCGCCCACCACCACCACCACCACCCGCACCCGCACAGCGCCGCCCCGCCGCCGCCGCCGCCCGGCGGUCGCCUGGACGCCGCCCUGCUGGAGAGCCCCGGCGGGUCGCGCACGCCGCCGCCGCCCGCUUCUGCCUCGUACUGCGAGGAGCUGCUCUCGCCGCCUUGCGCCAACAACGCCUUCGCCUUCUCGGGGCAGGAGCUGGGCAGCCUCAUCGCUCCGCUCGCCCUCCACACCCAGAACUUCGCCGCGGCCGCCGCCGCCGCCGCGGCCGCCGCCGCCUACUACCGCUGCCAGCAGCAGCCGCCGCCGCCGCCGCCCGGCGGGGGCUGCCCGCCACCCCCCGCCUCGCCGCCCUUCAGCUUCCAGCCCCUCCGCCGCCUCUCCGAGUCGCCCGUCUUCGACGCGCCGCCCAGCCCCCCGGACUCUCUCUCCGACCGGGAGAGCUACCUGAGCGGCUCCCUCAGCUCCGGCUCCCUCAGCGGCUCCGAGUCGCCCAGCCUGGACUCGGGCCGCCGCCUGCCCAUCUUCAGCCGCCUAUCCAUCUCCGACGACUAGGGGGGCCGGGGGAGGGGUAGGUCCUGCGGCUGCUAGGCACGUAAGUUACCGAGCGAAGAAAGUGAAUCCUUUUCUUCUUUUUUUUUUUAAUAUAUCUAUCUAUCUAUCUAUAUAUACACCGAGAGCUGAACAAAAAGCGUCUUUCAAAAGGGCAAACGACACGAACUGAACAAACCUAUUUUUAUAGAGAGACCUUGGAAGAAGGGGAUUUUUUGUUUUGGGGUUUUUCUUGUUGUUCAUUGGAGACAAGUUAUGAUACGCACCAGCAGCAGCCAUUCCAUCUGUGUUUGAAAAGAGGAAAAAAAAGCAUUAGAAAAAGACACCACCAGAAAAAAAAGCAGCAAACAAUCCGGGGAGUGCAAGUCCUGCCUGCCCAGCUCCUCCAAGCCUUCAGAUACACAUGAGAAAAAAAGUUACAAACUAGUUUUGUCGUUCAAUCCAGUUCAAAUAAAAACACAGAACGUACUAAACCUAUAAGCUUUUUUUUUUUAAAGAAAAAAGAUAAAUCCAACAUCCUGCCAAGAAUAUGCCUUGAUAACAACCUUCUUUUUUUUAUAUAUCUAUAUAUUAUUAUUAUAACAAAUGCUAAAACCUUCAUUCCAAAGUUUAAUAUUGGUUCCAUUGCCACCACUUAGUGGAUGUUUGGCUUAGAACAAUUUUUUUUUGUUGUUGUUGUUGCUUUAUUUGGAAGCACUCAACUGAGUUUAGUUUGUGUAAUUGUUGGAGAAUAACUGCUGAUUUUUUUUUUUAAUUUUUUUUUUAGCUGUUUGAGUUGAUUGCAUGAAUGAGUCACUGCACACAACUCAAUAUGAAACUAUUUAACUUAUUUAUUAUCUUGUGAAAAGUAUACAUUGGUAAUUUGUUCAUACUGUAUUUAUCGGGUAUGAUGAAAAGCAAUAGAUAUAUAUUCUUUUAUUAUGUUUAAAUUAUGAUUGCCAUUAUUAAUCGGCGAAAUGUGGAGUGUGUUCUUUUCACAGUAAUAUAUGCCUUUUUGUAACUUCACUUGGUUAUUUUAUUGUAAAUGAGUAAAAUUCUUAAUUUAAGAGAUUGUAUGUAAUAUUUAUUUCAUUAAUUUCUUUCCUUGUUUACGUAAAUCUGAAAGAUUGCAUGGUUUCUUUAUAGAAAUCGGUCUCGAUGCUGUGGAAGUAGUUUGAGGAAUUUUCUAUGGGUUUUUUUUUUAGAAUGUAAAUGGUUGUAGCCCGUCCAAGUUGAAAACGACAGAAAAAAAAAAAGCAGCAAAACACCAUCAAUAACAAAAAGAAAAAAGACUGACUUAGCAAUCAGACUUCAAAAGUGGCAAAUUGAAUUCAGACUUUUUUUAAUUUCUUUUAAAGUAACCAAAAAGCGUUUCUUGUUGCCUGACUCCACCAAUCACACUGUGACCUAGUCUCAAAGUAUGUAGCAAUAAUCAGGGGUCCCAGUAUUAUGUCUCACAGUGCCUUCUCGAGGGUCCAUGCUUGCCUUAAUCUCUCUCAACCAAAUAAGUAUUUUUCAUAAUGCUUGAGAUAAUUUGAAUGUAGGGAUGGGUUUUAACUACAGCAAAAUUUGUUGCCACUCUUUAUUUUAGAAGAAUGGAGGCCAUCUUUGGAUCUGAACUUUAUACAGUACAUGAGCAUAUCUUGUUUAACUGAAUUCCAAAACUUGUAAUUUUUAUUUUUCCUUCCUUUUGUAGAAAGUCAGGAGUUUUCCAAAACUUUCCUGGACGGUGGAUGAAUGAGCAGUAGCUUAGUUUUGUUUGUACAUAGGUACAGAUUGAGCACUAUGUACUCUUUUGGACUACUUUAACAGAAGUAUGUUUUGAAUGUAACUAAAGGAUAAGUCAACUUGAGUUGUAAUAUAUUUUUCGGGAGUCAGUUCACUACAAAUUGUGUGAGACUGUAAACUUUGUACUGUAAAUGUUUUGUAGUUCUCCCAAUAAAAUUUUUUUGGAAAAAAAA